CAAGUUGGGCCACGCGUGUCAAAGAAGUUUCAAUGGCGUGGCAGGGGCUGAUGGCCGAGUUCCUGCAGGUGCCCGCGGUAACGCGAGCCUACACCGCGGCCUGCGUCCUUACCACCGCUGCUGUGCAGCUGGAGCUCCUCAGCCCCUUCCAGCUCUAUUUCAACCCACACCUCGUGUUCCGGAAGUUCCAGGUCUGGAGGCUCGUCACCAACUUCCUCUUCUUUGGGCCGCUGGGAUUCAGCUUCUUCUUCAACAUGCUCUUCGUGUUCCGCUACUGCCGCAUGCUGGAGGAGGGCUCCUUCCGUGGCCGCACGGCAGACUUCGUCUUCAUGUUCCUUUUCGGGGGUGUCCUUAUGACCCUGCUGGGGCUCCUGGGCAGCCUGUUCUUCUUGGGCCAGGCACUCACAGUCAUGUUGGUGUAUGUAUGGAGCCGCCGCAACCCCCAAGUGAGAGUCAACUUCUUCGGCCUCCUCACCUUCCAGGCACCAUUCCUGCCCUGGGCGCUUAUGGGUUUCUCUCUGCUGUUGGGCAACUCCAUUCUCGUGGACCUGCUGGGGAUUGCUGUGGGCCACAUUUACUACUUCCUAGAGGACGUCUUCCCCAACCAGCCUGGAGGCAAGAAGCUGCUACUGACCCCCAGUUUCCUGAAGCUGCUACUGGAUGCCCCACAGGAGGACCCCAAUUACCUGCCCCUCCCGGAGGAGGAGCCAGGACCCCUGCAGCAAUGACCCUACCCAGGGCCGGCCUGUUUUCCUGGCCUCUGGCAGGCCUCCAUUCUACCCCUAACUCCCGAUUACAGGAGAGCAACCUGUCCUGGAGACUGGGCUGGUGUCCAGGGCCCACCCAAAUAAACAGAAUGACCUGCUUCUCA